AUGUGGCUGCUGUUGACAGUAACAAGUGUGAUAUCUGCUUUUGGAGGCGCACAUGGUUUAAAUGAAAGACUGAGUCCCGAGAUCCUUGAAGCAAUGAUGAAUAUUAAUCUGAUGAUAAAUUUCAUGGGAUAUCCAAGUGAAGAAUAUCAAGUUAUGACUGGAGAUGGCUACAUUCUGGGGGUCUUCAGAAUUCCUCAUGGGAAAACACAUUCAGAGAAUUCAGGCAAGAGACCUGUGGUGUUUUUGCAGCAUGGUUGGCUUACAUCAGCCACAAACUGGAUGGAAAAUCUGUCAAACAACAGCCUGCCCUUCAUUUUGGCAGACGCUGGUUAUGAUGUGUGGCUGGGAAACAGCCGCGGGAAUCCAUGGUCCAGGAGAAAUUUAUAUUAUUCACCCAACUCAGUUGAAUUCUGGGCUUUCAGCUUUGAUGAAAUGGCUAAAUAUGACCUUCCAGCCACAAUCGACUUCAUUGUACAGAAAACUGGACAAGAGAAGUUGCACUAUGUUGGUCAUUCUCAGGGCACCACUAUUGGUUUUAUUGCCUUUUCUACCAAUCCCACACUGGCUAAUAGAAUCAAGACGUUUUAUGCAUUAGCUCCAGUUGCUACUGUGACAUACGCACAAAGCCCUUUGAAAAAACUUUCACGUAUUCCUGGGUAUCUUUUAAAGGUAUGUGAUCUAGUUGCUAGAGCUGGGAGACUUCAAGCCUUUAAUUGGGGAAGCCCAUUCCAGAAUCAGUUACACUACAAUCAGAGCACACCUCCUGAUUAUGACGUGUCAGCUAUGACUGUGCCAAUUGCAGUGUGGAAUGGUGGCCAAGACAUCACGGCUGAUCCCCGAGAUGUUAGCAUGCUGCUUCCCAAACUCCAAAACCUCAUUUACCAUAAGGAGGUUCCCCGUUACAAGCAUCUGGACUUUCUCAGGGCCAUGAAUGCUCCUCAAGAGGUUUACAAUGAGAUCGUUUCCAUGAUGGCAAAAGAUCAAAAGAAUUAG